AUGACAACUCGAGUCAAUGGCAACUUGAGCCAAUGGCAGGUCGGACAGGUGGUGGUGGAGGUGGUGAAUCCAGAUGAGAUGCCUGAUGUGGAGAUCUUCGCCGCUGAUGGGCAAGUUUCGGGUAUUGGUUCCUCAGUGCGCGCAGGGUCUAGGAAAACAACAACAAAACACUUGAGUUAUUUAAAGGUCUUCUGGGAUGAUAAAGGAGUGAAUAUUGAUGGCGAAUACCUCAGACAUCUCAAGUUUGCUGAUGAUAUGAUUUGCGAUGAUGCAGCACUACACAAAGCUAGUAGGCCUCACCAGGAACCUUACCAGCUCAUCUCGUUGAGUUCAGCAUCAAGGGAACAAGAGAUCAAGCGUCGAAUCACCAUGGGCUGGGAGGCUUUCGGAAGAGCCGGUUCUAUAUUCAAAGACAAGACUUUGUCAGUUGUGAUAAAGAUAAGAAUUUGCGAUCAGUGCAUCUUACAAACUGUCACAUAUGGCGUAGAAACGUGGAAUCUUGCAACGAAGCAAAUGUUGAAAUUGCGAUCAAUGCAACGCGCACACGAAUUAAUUAUGCUUAAUGUCAUCUGGAAAGAUAAGAAAACAGCAAAGUGGAUACGUGAACAAACCAAAACCAAUAAGUAA